AUGGAGAUAUCCAGAAGUGGUUCCAAAUCUCUGACGAUGCAGAAGAUGCAACUACCUGGGCAUGAGAUGCACACAGCUGAGCAAUCCUUUGCUCCCCAGUCUGCCAGACAUCAGUUUCAGGACAGAGGUCAUGACAAUUUGGAUCAAGUUUGGUGUACCUGGCAUCAAAGAAGAAGGGUAAAAGAAUCUCGAAUCAGGUAUCUAGCAAGCAAAUUCUUCUAUGUGUGGGCAAAAAAGACAUUUGGACAAGUUCUUCCUUCCAAAGCCAGAUGCUUAUAUGACCAGAAGAUUCUUCAGAGAGCUUUUGGAGAGUGGAAGGAGUGGUGGACUGUUUGCAGAGACAGAAAGCUCAGCCUCAGAGCAGACAACCAUCACAGGCAUUUACUCUGCAAUUUGACGUUCAGGGCCUGGAGAGCCCAUGUCAGCCAGCAACAAGGAAAGAGGAACAAAUACUAUGUUGCAGAGUCUCAUGCAAAGAAGCGAAACUUGCUCAGGACCUGGCAGUGCUGGCUGGUUUAUGUUGAUGUCCAAAGGACAAAACGUGGGAUGCAGUCUGUGGCACUGGCAUUCAGGGAAAGAAGCUGUUUGCGCACAUCGUGGGCAGUGUGGAGAAGACACUACCAGAGCUGCACAGGACAUAAAAUGAAUGUUUUGGCUCUGCAGCAUUGGGCCCAGAGCCUGCAAUUUCGAGCUUGGUUGCAGUGGCGAGAGCUGUAUUUAUACAACCAGAGUAACAAGCAGAAAGAGACUAGGCCAGUAACUCACAAUCGGCACUGGGAGUUGAAGAGGUGCAUGGAAGCAUGGCUGGGAUACGUAAACCUUCACAAAGCAAAGAAACUUCAGACUGAGCUGUCCCAAGAGCAUCACCGAAGCAGGAUACUCCGGUGGUGUUUCUCUAGUUGGCAGCUGUCAUGGGAGCGCAGGAGAAGAAUGCAUGCUCACCAAAAGGACAUGGAAAAACUAGCAGCAAGGAUUACUUUAUGGAGAGUCUUUGCACACUGGAAGCAUUAUGUUGUACUGUGUGUGGAAGAGACCUGGCAGUGUGAGCUGGCUGAAAAACACUACAGGCGUCAUCUGUUGACACUCGGGUUUAAGGGUCUUUGGCAGAAUGUUGAGAAUGCUCAUCUUCAGCAAAUGAGAAAGAAUCUGUCACACCGUCAGCACCAGGUUACAGUGCUGCAGAAGUUCUGGAACCGUUGGAAGUCCCGUUUGGAAGAGAAGGAAGAAGAACAGCAGCAGGCCUUAACAACAGUGGCUUAUGCCCGUUAUAGGAGGGUGUUGAUGAGACAAGUAUUUGACACGUGGCUGCUGAAGGCCUGCAAGCAGCAAGAAUUCCGGAAGGCAGAGAAGAGGGCUGCACUUCAUUUUGAAAGGCAGCUAUUGCAUUGCUUCUGGUGCUUCUGGCGUAGAAGAACAGCUGCAUGUUUGGAGGAGCAAGAGAACUUGGUUCGUGCACAAGGUCACUACAGCAACCUGCUGCUGCUAAAGGCUUUCUGUCUUUGGAAGCAAAAUACUCAGGAGAGAAAAACAGAGAGGCUCAAGGAGAUGCAAGCCUUAAGAUUUCACUCUUCAAAGUGUCUGCAGCAGACUUGGAACAAGUGGAAGGAGUAUGUGGAACAUCAGCGUGAGAAAUGGAGGAAGUUGGUGCAAGCAGACGUGCACUAUCGGCACACGUUACUGGGCAAGACCUUGACAGCCUGGAAGACUUACCAACAUAAGGUACAGUGCAUUCUAUCCCAAGUAGCUGAGAAGGAGAACUGGCACACCAGCCGUCUGCUCCGGCAAGUUUUGUGUACGUGGAGAGAAAAUGCUCUUGCUCUUGUAUGUGAAGCUAAGGCAGCUAUUCAGGCAGAUGAGCACUACAGGAGAGCAAUCCUGUCAAAGGUGCUGCUGCAGUGGAGGUACACUGCCCUGCUCCAAGUGUGUAGCCGUCAGCAGAAGAUGAUGGCUGUGAUGCAGGCCAGAAAACAUUUGGAUAUGGUGCAUUUACAGUCCAUGUUUCUUCACUGGAAGGAAUUAACUAGGGAGUCUCUGAUACUGAGGGCUCAGCAGCACAGGGCAGCACAGCACCACCAGCAGCACCUACUCCAGAAGUACCUGGUGAAAUGGAAGAAGUAUCACCAGCAGUGCCUUGGGAAAAUGCUACUACAGAGGCUGGGAGAUCAGCUAAUGACUCGUAGACUUUGCUCUACUUCCUUCUCUUGCUGGAAGACACGGCUGUUGGAGCAGCGAUGGGAGAAGCAGAAGAUGGUGCAAGCAUUGUGGCAUUGGUCCCUUUCAUUGCAGAGGAAGGUAUUUGCUGCUUGGCUCAGAUUUACCAAGGGGCAACAGCAGAGGAAAGAUUGCACAAAAAGAGCCACAGGAAUUUACCACACUGCUCUUCUGAGAGAAGGUGUAACCCAGCUCUGGAGAUACACCACUGGCAUGAAACAGUUGCAAGGACAGCUUCAAGCACAGCACCAGCUGAAGGCAGCCUACAACCUUCACCAGUCAGUGUAUCGCUGUGCCAUGCUGUGGAAACAGAAGGCUCUCUCCAAGAAAUUAAAUAAGCCUUGUUCUUUUCUGCCACCUCUGAAGAAGCAAGUCGCGUUAAAAAUGCGUGAUGUUAGUCCUGGGACAAGAGGACAUUCAGCAGAAGAAGAGCCAUGGCCUUCAAAAUACAGUCGCCUACCAUUUCACCUUGCUGAUGGGGACCCAGUUCUCGGUGAUCUAAAUGCCAUUCAACGAGCAAGGUUACCACCACAAAGGCCUGACUUCCUUCUGGGAUCUCUAGAAAGCCAGGCACUGCUGGGAUCUCCUUUUUCUAGACGAGAGGUGCCGUUUCAGCAAACACCUGUGAACAGAUGUCCUGGGCAGACUGGGAACUUAAUGCAAACACCUGAAGUGGAAGAAAGUACCAGUAAACAUCUGUCUCAAACGGGCAAUACCACUCAAUCCUACCCAUCUCUUGUACAUGCUGUACCACUGUGGACACAGGAUGUGCACUGUGCUACUCAGAGGCCAGAGAUGAGGCCUCCUUCCUCUUUCAUGACUCACAUGAAAGCUGGAGCAGAAAUGAGACAAGGUUGGCCUGUGAGCGGCCACAAAGGAGCCCAUUCCCAAGACUCUCAACAGGACUCUAUGGAGAAGUUACGACCAAACUUGGAGCCACGUUUGCUGUCACCUGAAAACUUGGUGGGAAAACGGAGUCACCAGACUGCAGCUGAAGGGGAAGAAAGGGAGCACAGUUCCAGGGAAGAAAUGGUGUUACAGAGGAAGCUGGAAGUUGAACUCCAACACAUCCAACAGCAGAUGCAGUACUACUUCAGCAGGCAGCAAGAACUCAAGUCCUGUCAGCAGCAGGCAGAGAUUCUACAGAAGUGGCUAGAAAACAGCACACAACCAGAGGACCAAGAUGGUGUACAAGAUGUUCAGGAAGAAAUGAAUCAGUUGCAGGUGAGGAUCAACACUCUCACCAAAGCACAACAGAAAGAGAGAGAUCAUGUGCAGAGCCUGGUUGCCCGCCUGCAUGAAAUCCAGAUUGUUCUCAAUACAUGA